AUGGUGUUCGCGUUGUCCACUUCACCAGGUCGGCGCAGCGGCUUGAACCGCUUGGUCGCGUCGACGCUUCUCAUCUCACUCUGGACGCUGCUGUUGGGCGUUAGCUCUGCCACGGCGCUUUCCAAGGCUGAAGCGGGCAAGAUCGAUUGGCACGUCCCUCGCAUGGGCGUUCCGCACGCUUCGAAUGCUUCUGCAACGCCCUACCUGUCUCCUCGCUUCCAUCGCAUCAUCAAACCCGACGCCGACGUCAAGGACAAAGCACAGACCGCCAUCUUCCUCGCUACCGAGUCCAAUGCCGUUGGUGCUCUCAAUCCGCGAAACGGUGAUAUCGUCUGGCGUCAGCUCCUUGCAGAGCACGAUCAGCUCUUGCUUCAAAAGCAAUUUGGCGAGGUCUCUCUUGUCAUUUCUGGAAAUGGCGGUGCCAAUGUUCGUCUCUAUCAUGCCUUGACCGGCUUUCUCAUCUGGGAGUCAAAGCUACACAACAUUCGUGAUGGCUUGCUGCCCGAGCCUGGCUUCCCUGCCACCGAUGCCGUCUUUCUUACCGACAAAGCCAAAAGUGAUGUUCCACCGGACCUCGUUGUGCUCUCCAACGCACGCACCGUCCGUCGUCUCAACGGUGCCUUUGGCGCUCAAGUGUGGAAGUGGGAGCCGCAGGACAACAUCUCAUCGCGUUCCGUCAUCCGCAUCGUCGCCAACAAGGACAAGCUCCAUGUAAUCUCGCUACUGCGCAACACCAACUCUGUCUACAGCUCGAUCUCAGUCGCCACGCUUUCGGCCCACACCGGUGAGCUGAUCACUACGCACGAAAUCGCAUCGCGCCUCAACACUGCCGCCCAUGUCGUCGUCCUCCCUUGGAACCAGCUACCCAACCUACCACCCACCGCCAGUCCCGGUUCCUGGGUUGCUUGGCUCGACAAGCAUGGUUCCGUCCGAGCCGCUCCGCUCGACCCGCCCAACAAGCGUCUGGCCCAGCCUCAAGUCAUCUACGCCAAGCGUCCCGAAUCCAGCUUUACCGCUCUCGUCGAUGUAGGUCUCUCCAACAAGGGACUCUUUGUCGGUCGACGUUCCGACGGACUUGCCGAGGUGCUCAAGGUCUCUGCCGACGCCAAAUUCACCAGCUUCUGGGAGUUCGAAGAGGACGCCUACGAUGCCGUCUAUGCAGGAACCUACGAUCGGCAAGGUCACGCCUACCUGCAGCGCAUCUUUUUCUCUCGAUCUCAGCAUCUGCUCAACUUCCACUUUCUCUGGGCCGACGCUAACAAUGGAGGCGAGGGUCAAGUCAGCGGUUUCUCGUUCCAGUGGGACCACGACUUGCACGGCAACAUCCAUGCGGCCACUUUUGAGGCGAGCCAGAUCGGACAGUUUCAGCUAGCUAGUCGAACCGUCCUCGUCACAUCCAGCGGCUCGGUUCGCAUGCUCCUCGAGGACCAGCACCAGUGGAUCUUGGAAGAGGGACUCACGCAGACCACCCACGCUGUCUUUGUGGACCUUCCAGAGAAGAAGCUCUCUGCUAUCCCAGGUGGUGCCGCCAGCUUGAUCCACCAAGGUUUUCUCCAGCGUCUCGUGCGUCACACGCUUUCGCUCAAGGAUCUGCCUCAGUACAUGAUCCGCUUUGCCACGCGCUUUGCCACGGGCUCGUAUGGAAGCCUCGAGCAGCUUGGGCUUGCAAGUUCCGGCUCGGCGGCUGCGGCGGCUGCGGCGGCCAGCUCCGACCCCGCUUCGACCACCACCAUGGUCAAGGAGGCUAACAAGCCCGCCAAGAAAAAGACGGAACAGGAAAAAAAGCCCACUUCCUUGGCACCACGUGUUGCCGACGCCAACACGACGUCGAACCUCUUCCGCGAUCCGUUUGGCUUCCGUAAGGUCAUCGUGGUCGCCACAGCCAAGGGCAAGCUGUACGCGCUCGACACAAUCGCAAAGGACACGGUGGUGUGGGAAAAGUCGCUUAUCGGAUACGGCGAUGGCGAGGGUGAGGCUGAGCCCACUGUCAACAUCAAGCUCAUGCAGACCGUCCGCGAACUUUCGACCGACGGCAAGAGUCCUUUGUUGGCGAUUGUCGCCGAGGUUGAGCUUCAGCCUGGGCUGUUCACCACUCGAGUGUUUGAGCUGAACCCGCUCACUGGAGAGUUUCUCAACGACGCCUCGUCCGGUCAGGCAAUCUUUGUUGGUCGAUGCCAGGAUGCUUUCCUGCUGCCUCAGUCAGCACAAGACCCCGUCGAGAGGCAGCAAUCGCUCGGACUCAUUGAUGAGCACAACAACCUCUUCCUCUACCCAGACACGCUUGCGGUAGCACAACGCUUCGAACCGGUUUCAGAUCGGUUCUACUUUUGGGUACAGAAGCCAGCCACCUCUGCAGGCGCUUCGACUCGGUUUGUCGGCCAUACCUUGGCAAAGGGCGUAAGCAGUAUUCACAAGCCCAAGCAGAUCUGGUCGUGGACAGUGCCUGCAGGUGAGGAGGUGGUUGAGGUGUUGCAAGCGCCGAGCAAGGAUGCCAUUGCUUCGUAUGGACGCGUGCUGGGCGAUCGAUCGACUCUGUACAAGUACCUGAACCCUCAUGCGUCGCUGGUUGUGACCAAGAACGAGGCGCUCAACCAGGCGCGUCUGUAUCUGCUCGAUACGGUCACGGGGAGCGUCUUGUACGAGCUCAAGCUGGACCAUGUGGAUUUGGCGCAGCCGGUUCGAGCGCAUCUGGUCGAAAACUGGAUCACAGCUACGUAUUCGGUGCGCAAUGCCGAACAAGGUCUUUCGACGCAUAUCGUUAGCGUGGAAUUGUACUCACAAGCCGAGACCGCGGGCGCUGAUGAUGUGAGCGCUACGAAACCAGGAGGACGACGCCUUGGAUCGUCGUGGAGCGGCCUCACUGGUAACUUUAGCAGUUUCACCGGUGACAGUAGCGAUUUCAACACCCAGUCUGUGCUGCCACUUGCGCUGAUGCAUACGUUCCUCUACUCUGGCGGCACGGUGCACGCGCUCGGCACGACCACAACCAAGUUGGGCAUCUCGCUGAAAAACUUGCUCGUCGCUACAGACCGUGACUCGCUUGUUUCGAUCCCGCGCAAACUGCUCGAUCCACGCCGUCCCACAGCGAAACCAACCAAGGCAGAGGCGGAAGAAUUGCUGCUCCCCUAUUCGCCGCUGAUCGCCCAAGAUGCAAAGUGGAUCCUAAAUCACAUCUAUCCCGCUGCCAACAUAAAGCACGUCACCACGCGACCAGCGUUGCUCGAGAGCACCUGCACCGUCUACGCGUACGGUCUCGAUAGCUUCGCCACUCGUACCAGUCCAAGUGGCCAGUUCGACGUGUUGCAGGACAGCUUCAAUAAGCCGCAGUUGCUACUGACGCUGGCCAUCUUGAGUGUCGGAAUCGUCGUCACUAGACCCAUGGUCAGGAACAAGAACCUUUCGUUGAGGUGGUGA